AUGCGGCUCAUGGUUGGGUCAAGCCACUGGUUCGACAAUGGGGUCCGAAAGGGCACAUAUAUGGAGCCCUUUUCUCCUAUAUCAGCUUUCUGUACACCACCAGAGCGAUACAACACGCUUCAGAAAUACGACCCACAUCAGCAACAUUCAACCAUCAGCCAAGACCCCAACGUCAUCGCUUUCAGCACAGAGUCACCCACCACACUGCCGAUGACUGACUACAACAAACACGCCAUCAACGCCCAAGACUUGACUUCAAGACUGCGUUCCCUCCAACAAACCACCUUCAACGCCAAUACCACUGCCAACAACACCAACAACAUCAAUGGAGAAACCUCCCCCUACCCAACCAUGUCCCAGCGACGUGCCCGACCCUCCAUCGACAGCACAAGCAUGCCACGCAUCACUAAAUCCGCCACAACAUCCACCACAUGCACCGCGUCGACAAACUCCUCGCGCUACACCACCACCAGCAACUUGCGCGCCUCACCAAGCGCCAGAACACACCCGGAAAGCGUGGGCGUCGCCCCGGGCGAUUUCAGUAAGCCGCGCGUUCACAGGCGCAGUCGCAGGGUCAGCAGCGAGCCGCCGGAUGUCAUCCCGUUCAAGUACUAUGGGAGGCACUCGAACCAAUGGCUUUUCAACGAUUUCAGCGUCACGGAUGCCGUGUCCAAGGGGUGGAGGAAGGUGUUUGGGAGGGAUGAAGGGGGUCGGGAUUGGUAUGAGGAUAGGGGGAGGUAG